UUUUUGUCCACUUUGUCUACCUACCCACUAGCGCAGCGCAAAGUUAAGAUCUAGCCGUUCUUUCUAUUUUUGAAUCUGUGCUUCUGAAUUUUUUCUUCCAUUAAAAAAACCGCAAAAAAUGGCAAAAUUGGUGAUUUUGUUGGCAUGUGUUGCUGUAUUUAAUGCCGUAAGCGCACUUGAUUGCUACACGUGCACCGACGAUGCCUGCAAAAAGGAUGUAAAAGAAAUGCAAAAAGUUUCCUGUGGUAAACCCGCUGACCAAAAUCAAGAAUCCGUUUGCCAGAAAGUAACAUACAAAGGCAAGGAUGGUAAGGAACACAUCGAAAGAAAAUGUGCCUAUGCUCCCAAGAACAGAGAGGCUCAGUGUCCCGCAUCCAUAAACAAAGCUGAUGUAACUGACCUAAAAUGCCCAUCCUGUAAAGCUGAUCUUUGCAACUCAGCUACCACCAUCAACUUCAGCCUAACAGCAUUCGCUGCAGUAGUUUUUGCCAUCGUAGGCCAAAAAUUCUUAUUAUAAAGCAUAUGGGCCUCG